AUGACGAUUAGCGCUAUAUUGGAAGAGAAAGAUGCAGAAGCCAAUCAAAGCCGUUUCGACAAGAGCUUCUCUUACGCCCGGUCGAAACGAUCGCCACGAGAUGGACCGAAUGGGUCGACAUCUAUUGCGAGCUGCUACUCGGCUGCAGCGAGGAUAGUGGAGACACAGUACCUGCAGUCGAUUCUGCCGCCGAGAGAAAAGUUAAUGCUUAUUGUGGAGUACUACGAACAGUACAUGAUGUACUGGCACGGCGGCAUCUACCAUGGGCCAAGCUUUCGAAAGAAGCUGCUUCAAGCGUAUGGUCAGUCGUGUGAGCUUGCUCUGCAAGACCUUGACUGGACAUGGGUAGCCCUCUUGUACGAAGAAACCAUGACGCCCGUCGCCGACACAGAAAUUCCAACAAUCGUAGGUGUCGCCAAGUGGACCUUUGACUGCGCUGCGUUACUUCUCGACGUUCACAACGCUAUGGUGGAACUCGAGGACAAAGACGACGCUAUCAAAUAUGCCACAAUCCUCAGAUUUGAUGGCGAAAUGCGUACUUUGUGUACGGAGAAGCUGCCAAAAUAUCUUCUUCCUCGGGUACCGCACGAUCCCAGUUGGCCACAAUGGGUCGUUUGGGCGAAGCGGCUGCACCACGCAUCGACGCAUCAUAAGAUCAUUAUGAUCCAUCAAAACUUCUUGAGCAAGAGCUUCAAGGACGUCCGCUACACAUACAGCCGGUGGGCUUGUAUGAGCGCAGCGCAGAGUCUCAUCAGCUUGUACACCACUCGAGAUGCGCAAGAGCCGCAGUGGUGGGUUGAACAAGCUUUCAUCAUCACCGCAGGUAUUUGCCUCAUUCUGGAGCUCUUUCAUCGUGCUGAAGCAGACGCGGAGGCACAAGAGUGCCAUCUGCAUGUCACGCGAGCCAUCAGGUGCUUGCAACUGUUUCACACGUCAAGUGUUGCAGUGCACGGCGUGCGUCUGCUCAUGUCGCUUAUGGCAGAGUAUGAGAAGCUCAGAGAUGGAUCAAGCCAAAGGUCCACACUAUCAGUGGACACAGCAACCACCCAAACCUGUCCCUAUAUUCCCGGCAACACGGCAGGUAUUCCCAUGCCGGACACUGACCGUGCGACUCAACAGCUGCCUCUAGAUUCUGAGGUUCAACCAACAUUCGCCGAUCCGACCACGUGGAAUUUCGAUAUCGACAGUCUGGGCUUCGAAGAUCUGAUGGACUAUCUGCCCUCAGAAGGCUUGUUGAACAAUAAUUCACUCAGCGACGGCAGUAUGUCUCAGGACCCUGAACUCGACAAGAUGCUUGUGCUCGACGCACUGAGCAGCGGCCUCAACAUAUCCAUGACAGAGCUCCUCAGCAUCCUCGGUCGACAAGCCCCGAUCUCAAACCUUCUUCUCGGACCCGUCAUCAGACCACAGCAAAUCCCCAUGACGGCGGCAUCUCAUCCCGAACCGAGCACGCUUCUACAACAGAAGGCGCCGGCGGCGACGGGGGGACAGCACCUGUUGAAGGAGUUCCACAUUGUAUACUGGACCGCUUUGGGUCUCGUCACCCUCAUCGCUAUAGCGGCUAUCUGGACGAAAGCUCACAUGGCGGCGCAAAAGGGUCGGAAGUCGUUCGAGGCCAAGAAACCUAUGUCGGACGUUGAGAAAUGGCACAUGCGGCGUCAGAAGGCCCGCGAUGAGGCGUCCAUGGCGCUGGGGCAGGUGGAUGAUCAAGCUCCGGGUACAUUCGUCUCUAACGUGACAGACCUCAAACCUUCCACCAUCACAAAUCUAUUCUCAAAAUCGUCGCAAGAUAUUCACAUCAAAAUCACCCACGCAGCCGUAACACACGUCGACCUCCUCUACGCCCAAGGCCUGCACCAAAACAACCGCAGACACGUCCAACCGCCCUUCAUCCUAGGCACAGAAUACGCCGGCAUAAUAACCCAUAGCCCCCCUUCCUCUUCCUUCCCGCCCGGCACCCGCGUCUUCGGCGGCGGCCUAGGCGCCUACGCAGAGCAAAUAUGCGUCUCUGAACCCUCCAUCCGCCGCGUCCCCUCGCAAUGGACGAACGCUGAAGCCUGCGCCGUUGGCGCGAGCGGUGCUGUAAGUUACGGUGCUUUGAUCUCAGUUGCGCAACUCAAAGCCGGAGAAACUGUUCUCGUGCUCGGUGCGAGUGGCGGGUUGGGUGUCAUGGCUGUGCAGAUUGCCAAGGCGGUUGGGGCGAGGGUUAUUGCUGUUGUGGGGAGUGAGGAAAAGGCUGAGGUUGUGAAGAGUGUUGGGGCGGAUGAGGUUGUUUAUUAUGGACAGGAGGGGUGGGAAGCAAGGGUUCGGGCGUUGGGGAAUGGUGGGGAGGGGGUCGAUGUCGUGUAUGAUGGGAUUGGGGCCGUGGAAAGUGGCAUUAGGUGUUUGAGGUAUCGGGGGAGGUUGGUCGUUGUUGGGUUUGCGGCAAGAGGGGGAAAGAUGGAGAACCUGAAGGUUAAUAAGAUUCUACUCAAGGGAGUUGCGGUGUUUGGUUAUCGGUUUGGAGAAGAUGGGAGAAGAGAUCCGCAACGGACUCAAGAUGUGUGGGACGGGUUCAUGAAGUUGGUUGAGGAUGGUAAGAUUCGGCCUGUCAUAUACAAGGAGGAUUACUGGGGGUUGGAGGCGGUUAGUAGAGCGCUGGAGGAUGUGAGGGAGCGGAAAGCUUGGGGAAGGGCUGUGAUAAGGGUAUGCGAAGUAGAAGAGGAUAAGACGGAGCAGAAGGCAAGGUUAUGA